AUGGAGCAAAGAAAGGAUAAAGUCUUUGGACAAAAGACAGAUAAGCCCGUCAAGAAGCCUACUAAGGAAGCAAUGACAAGAGGUAUGCUCGAUGAGUUGCUUGAAAAGAAGGUGAUCGAAUUGCCAGAAUGUGAGUGGCCUGAGGAGAUGAACCGAGUCAACAACCCUAAGUUUUGCAAAUACCACCGAAUUGUCAGCCAUCCAGUAGAGAAGUGCUUUGUGCUGAAGGAGCUAAUUAUGAACUUAGUCAUGCAAGGAAGAAUUAAGUUAGAUGUUGAAGAAAUUGCAGAUGCAAAUGUCGCCACAAUUGUGUUUGGAUCCUUCGACCCGAUGUCAUUGCCUGCAUUGUCAAAAAGAUCAGAGUUUCAAGCAACAAGGGAUAAACCCCAAGUGGCGAGCGAACCAAAAAUCGAGGAGCUGAUGGCUUUAUUGAUGACUCAUCUUUCGAUGACAAUGAAGGAUGGACGCUUGUUACUUGGCGAAAGUCUCGUGUAA